CGCUUCGGACGCUUGUCUCAAUCACAGACAAAAAAGACCACAUGUUGACAUUAAGUGUUAAUUGUUUCUUUUGUUUUUGAAAUAAUAAAAAGAAAAAGAUGACAGCGGCACUCAAAUAUUUCUGGCCUUUCGAAGAAAAACAUAAGAUUACCUACUUUUUUUUCGCCUGGAUUUCAUGUCAACUGUGUACUGUAAGAGCUCUACCAGAAUUUACUCAACAAACCAACAACGAUACCAUAAUUGCCUCAAUCUGGGACAAUGUGGCCUCUGCCAACGAUUUAUUCCACUGGGAAGACUACAGUGUACUGGCUGCUAUGGUUUUUGUUUCUUGUGCUAUUGGAGUUUACUAUGGGUAUUUCGGAGAAAAUCAAAUGACAGGAGAUGAUUUUCUUCUCGGAGGAUCGUCAAUGGGAACAUUUCCUACUGCUUUAAGCUUAGCCGCAAGUUUCAUCACAGCGAUUGAGUUGUUAGGAAACCCGGCGGAGAUGUACAUGGCAGGCGGUCAAUUCUGGAUGAUUUGUAUAGCGUUUAUACUUGUUGUGCCGAUUACUAGUCGAUUGUACCUACCAGUGUUCAUGAGACUUCGGCUAACUUCUUGCUAUGAGUACCUGGAAGUACGUUUCUGUAAAACGAUCCGUAUUUACGCGAGCGGUUUAUAUAUGAUGCAGAUGAUAUUAUAUACUGCGGUAGCUGUUUAUGCGCCGGCACUGGCACUUUCUGAUGUAACGGGUCUAAAUACAUAUCUAGCAGUAUCAUUGGUGUAUGUCGUAUGCAUUUUCUACGCAUCACAGGGUGGCAUGAAAGCAGUCAUCAUGACAGACUCAUUUCAGUCAGCAGUAUUGGUAGGAUCUCUAGCCACGGUGUUGGCGAUGGGUGCUUCGAGGGUUGGAGGCUUAGAAGCAGUUUGGAAACACGCUAGCCUCACGGACAGACUCCACUUUUUUGACAUGAGCCCAGACCCUACAAUUCGACACUCGUUUUGGUCGGUUGUCGUCGGUGGAACUAUAUAUUGGACGAGCAUGUUUUGUGCUAACCAGGCUUCAGUCCAAAAGUAUCUCUCAGUAGAAAGAAUAUCUCAAGUUCGCGUGGCUCUCUGGGUAUCAGCAUUAAGCCUGAUAGCCGUAUUUUCGGUGAAUUUCAUCACUGGCGCCGUCCUUGCCCUACACUACGCGAAUUGUGAUCCGAUACAGGCUGGUGCAAUCAACGGUCCCGAUCGUCUUCUACCUUUGUAUGUAGUGCGAGACCUCGGUGACUCUCAUGGUGUGCCAGGGUUUUUCGUUGCUGGAAUAUUUGCAGCAAGCCUCGGAACAGUGGCGACAACAUUAAAUUCCUUAUCUGCGAUUGCUUGUCAAGAUUUCGUAACAGCAUUACUGGGGAUAAGAUUACCUGAAAAUAAAGGAGCUCUAAUAGCCCGAUGGGUGUGCCUGAUUUGUGGGGCCUUAUCGUUUAUAUUAGUAUUUGCAGUAGAACGAUUGGGCCCUGUUCUGCAACUCGCUCUCUCUUUUAAUGGAAUGACCGGAGGCGUCUCACUCGGACUCUUCUCUCUCGGCAUGUUAUUUCCAUGGGCUAAUGCUAAAGGAGCUGUAGCAGGAGGUAUUUUCGGGCUACUUGUGGUUCUUGUCGCUGGAGGUGGAGCUCAAUUCGUACAAGUGCCGUUAAAUAGACUCCCCGCUUCUACAGAUGGAUGUCCCGCAACUUAUAAUAGUUCGCAAAUAACUCACCUAAGUGACAACGAUGAUCCGGUAUUUUGGUUGUUUCGUUUAUCAUAUCUUUGGUACUCGGGAUUGGGAUGCGCUGCAACCCUGGUAGUUGGCCUGGCAGUUUCGAUCAUCACUGGAGUGACAGAUCCAGCAAACGUCCCUAUAGAUCUAAUAUCACCACCAGUAAUCACUUGCCUAAAUUCGCUGCCAAACACACUGAAGAGAGCGUUACGUGUACCUUUGCGUGUUGAAUCUCAAAGGCGACGUAGUUCGAGUGUUCGACCUCCAACCAUGGGCGAUGAUAAAGAUACAAGACGCCGUCGCAGAUUAUCCGAGUUGGCGGGUGGAGUGUUCUACAGUGACGCACCAACACUCACCCACGGCCACGAAAACUACGCUUUAGACUUGGAGAAUCCAUCGCCAGAUGAACAUAAACAAGCUAUGAUUAAACUAGAAGAUAGUGAUGGAUUUAAUACACAAUCAUCUGUAUGUUAAUUCAUAAUUGUAGCUAUAGGUACGACUUAACGAGAAAAAAUUAAGUACCCAUUUUUGUAAAUAUUAUUAAAAAUUAGUUUAUAAGUCAUAUUAUUCUGAUGUUAAUAGCUGUGCCAAUUUUUUUAAAUUAAACAUUUUAUUAACA